AUGGCAUACGCUAGUGCUGAUGCAUAUGCGGUAAAGCCAGGGGCGAGUGAGGCGGGGUGGACGGUGCGGGAGGGGGUGAAGUACGAGUGGGUGGUUGGGCCUUCCACAUGCCCAGCCCCUCAAGUGCCCGAGGAGAUUAAAGCCUUUGAACGAUCAGCUAAGGCACGUCUCAAAGAGGCUCAGGAGAAGGAAAAUCUAGUGCGAUCUCAGGUGGGAAAAAAUGGAACGGGAGGAGCAGCAGCUGAGGCAGAAGCAGAAAAAACAGCAGCAGCCGCAACAGAAGCAGCGGCUGCAGCGGCGGCGGCGGCAGCAGUUGCAGACCUAUCGAAUCCCUGGCUGCCGUUCAAUGCAUCAGUCUUCUGCGAGCGGGUGGGGCGGGGCCGACGCAUUCUCUUCCUGGGGGAUUCCAAGCAGUACCAGAUGGUGCAGGCGCUUGUCAACCACAUGGCGUGGGGGUGGAAAGGAAAGAGGAAGCCGGCAAAAGACAUGGUGACUCUGGAGGAGCGGCCGAAGGCGUGUGUGGACGCGCUGGGAGGGAAUACGGCAAAGAUGGGACACGAGUUUUGCCAGUGGUUCACUUUCAACUCCUCGGUAUGCCCGGGCUUUAAGGUUGACUUUGUUCGUAACGACCACUUAUCGUUGUUUGAUCCAAAGGGGGCAGUAUUCGACCACAUGCCAUGGGGCCAGCCUGGUUGGAGGGGUGUAUUUGGAUGUGGAGGAGAUGGUGGGGCUGAGAGCUGA